AUGAAUGCACCCAGUGACGAGUCACGCGAGCUUGAAGAUCGCCACGUGGCAGUCUCGCUGGCAUCGCAUUCGGAGACGUCGUCGCUGACGGACCCCCUGCUGACGCGUCGCGAGCCCUCCCCUCGCUCUGCUCGGAAGUCGCUCAUUGCCACGCAGAUGGGCCUGGUCGGAGCCCACAUGCACCCCCAGUUCGUGGUCUCUCUGGGAGACAACUUCCUCGAGCUCGGCCUGCCAGACGUGAAUGCGCCACAGUUCGCCCAGUCCUUCACCAACAUCUACACCCACCGCAGCUUGCAGAUCCCCUGGUAUGCAGUUCUGGGAAACCAUGACUACUAUGGGAAUGUGCUAGCCCAGCUGCACCCAGCACUGGCCAAUCGCGACCCUCGGUGGACCUGCCGUCGCAGCAUGGCCCUCUCGCUCCCUAUCUGCGCCGAGAUGGAUGAACAGAGCGUUGACCACGUUGACCCCGUUGACUCAGCUGGUCAGGGCGUUGACCGUGUUGACUCUGGAGGAGGACAGGGCGUUGACUGCGUUGACUUUGUUGACCUGUUUCUGUACGACUCAAUGCCGCUGAUCCCCGCAUACCGGCACAAGGAGGGCCGGCGGGUGGACUGGCGGGGCCUCAACACGGGCAACUGGAGCCGGCAGGAGGAGGCACAGCUGCAGGAGCUGGAGGGGUGGCUGAGCAACUCGCAGGCGCGGUGGAAGGUGGUGGGGGCGCACCACCCGGUGUUCAGCUAUGGCAAGCAUGGGGACCAGCCCGAGAUGGUGGAAAGGAUUAAGCCCCUGUUAGAGAAGUACGGUGUAGACGUGUACAUCAACGGUCACGAUCACAACAUGCAGCACAUAAAAAAGGAUGAGAGUCCCGUUCACUAUUUCACGGUGGGUGGGGGAUCCAAGGCGUGGCGAGGCGAUGCUCCCCCUGUCGCCCCAGGCCUGCGGUUCUUCUUUCCUGGGCAGGGCUUCAGUUCUCUGGAGGUUUCCAGGAACUCACUGACCGUUAACUUUUAUGGUGUUUUUGGAGAGCUCAUGUACUCCACCACGCUCAACAAAUGA